GGCGGGAGCCCAGCGCUGAUUGGCGUGCGCGGCUAACCGGCCCCCGCGCUGGGUCGUAGCGGGCGCCGCGGCCUGGGGCUGGGAUGUAAGGAGCUGCGGGCUCCGUGCUCCCGGCUCCGCGCGGCGGCGGUGGCGGCUGUGAGAGGCGGCGACUGCGGAGCAGGCGGGCGGGCGAAGCCAGCGGGCGCGGUCGGCGGCCGGCCCUGUCGGCUGCGGGAUGAGGAAGCGGACCGAGCCCGUCACUUUGGAGCAUGAGCGCUGCGCCGCCCCGGACUCGUCCUCCUCCGGCUCGGCCGCAGCGGCGCUGGACGCCGACUGCCGCCUGAAGCGGAACCUGCGCCUGGCGGGCAAGGGGCCGGCCGAGCCGCGCUGCGCAGCCGACGCGGGCAUGAAGCGGGCGCUGGGCAGGCGAAAGGGCCUGUGGUUCCGACUGAGGAAGAUACUUCUCUGUGUUUUGGGGUUGUACAUUGCCAUUCCAUUUCUCAUCAAACUGUGUCCUGGAAUACAGGCCAAAUUGAUUUUCUUGAAUUUUGUGAGGGUUCCCUAUUUCAUUGACUUGAAAAAACCACAGGAUCAAGGUUUGAAUCACACCUGUAACUACUACCUCCAGCCAGAGGAAGACGUGACUAUUGGAGUCUGGCACACCAUCCCCACCGUCUGGUGGAAGAACGCCCAAGGGAAGGACCAGAUGUGGUAUGAGGAUGCCUUGGCUUCCAGCCACCCUAUCAUUCUGUACCUGCAUGGGAAUGCAGGUACCAGAGGAGGUGACCACCGCGUGGAGCUGUACAAGGUGCUGAGUUCCCUUGGUUACCAUGUGGUCACCUUUGACUACAGAGGUUGGGGUGACUCAAUAGGAACGCCAUCUGAGCGGGGCAUGACCUACGACGCACUCCAUGUUUUUGACUGGAUCAAAGCAAGAAGUGGUGACAACCCUGUGUAUAUUUGGGGCCAUUCUCUGGGCACUGGAGUGGCAACAAAUCUGGUGCGGCGCCUCUGUGAGCGAGAGACGCCUCCAGAUGCCCUUGUAUUGGAAUCUCCAUUCACUAAUAUCCGAGAAGAAGCUAAGAGCCAUCCGUUUUCAGUGAUAUAUCGAUACUUCCCUGGGUUUGACUGGUUCUUCCUUGAUCCCAUUACAAGCAGUGGAAUUAAAUUUGCAAAUGAUGAAAAUGUGAAGCACAUUUCCUGUCCCCUGCUCAUCCUGCAUGCCGAGGAUGACCCCGUGGUGCCCUUCCAGCUCGGCAAAAAGCUCUACAACAUCGCUGCACCAUCUCGAAGUUUCCGAGACUUCAAAGUUCAGUUUAUCCCCUUUCACUCAGACCUCGGCUACAGGCACAAGUACAUCUACAAGAGCCCUGAGCUUCCACGGAUACUGAGGGAAUUCCUGGGUAAGUCGGAGCCCGAACACCAGCACUGAGCGUGGCCGUGGGAAGGAAGCAUGAAGACCUCUGCCCUCCUCUCUUCUUUCUCUGGUCAGCAGCUCGGCACCCUGGAGCCCCAGGGGUGCCGGCACCCGUGAUGCUCAGGAGCCCGGCUCGCACUUGGAGAGAGGACUCAGAUGCCAGCAGGGCAGGUGGAGACGGCCCCAGCAGACCUGCAGUGCUGGUGGCCUGGCAUGGCCCUGUGUGGAAAGCCCGGGUGGCAGGCAUGUGGCCCUCUCUCCCUCUUGCUGCCACUCAACCUGAGCUCUCAUUGGGGAGACUUAGCGACAGAGCAGCCGGCCAGUCACCUACCUGGUCAAUCCCGCACUACCUGAGCUGGACAUGGGGAACCCCUGCAGGGCACACGGGGCUUGGGACCACAAUGAGCUUUCCGCCACCACCCACAGAGGAUGGGGAGGCCAGGUUCCUUCUGCCCCUUCUGGGCACAUGCAGAAUGAACUCUAGCGGUUCGACUGUCCCCUCCUGGCCUGCACACCCGCUUGCCUUCCUCGGCCGCCCCGCCUCCCCCUGGGCUGGCCCGGGAUCCGCACUUCCUCCCAUUCUGCCCACCUGUCCACCUCACCCGGCCUUAGGCUGAGCAUUUAUUUAAGAAUAAAAUCGUGGUGGUGGUC